CUCUACCGGGUAAUUGAAUUCUAGCCAACUCUAGUUGUAAAUGUAUAUUGGUGGGAGGAGGAUUCACACCUGGUACAUUAAGUAAUGAAUUCACCAACACAGCAUCACUGACCGGAGGUGGAACCAAGCCCGUAGUUACGGGUGAAACAUUGGUCACAUCUACCAAGUUGCCUAACUCGUGACCUUCAGUAACUUCCUGGUACUUAAAAAUUCCACUAUCUCCAACUCCACACAAUUCUGAAGUAACAAACUCCAGCAAUGCCUGCUCAGAACUAGUGUCAGUGUGAUCUAUUUGCAAGUAUAAUUGGCAACAAGCGUAAACUUCUUGAACUAUGAGUGAUGCUACUCCCUCAACUGCAGGUGUGGACUCGCAAAAGCCCUUAACAUCCUCAUCACUAAUCAAAGGCACAGUGCACAGAUUAUGUUACACAAUUACAGAGCAGAGAUCCUAGCAAGGUCGCCAAUUUGUUACGCCUACGUUACCCCAGCGAGCCAACAUCCAUCAAAAGAGAGUGAAAGCCUAUCGCUCAUUGGUCCAAAUGCUUGAACAAAGUAACGAGCAGAGAGAUAUUCGGAAUUCUCUACUUGACUUUGGCUUCUGCACGAAAGGCCACACAGGCGGUUCCGAAGCCGGCCGACAUCCGAUGCCCACGAACACGACAGGCGAUAACCGCUCGUUCGUAACGGUACCCACGAUUUGUUUAAUGUUAUACAACCACUAAAAUAUUUGGUGAUGCAGAUUAUUUUUUACAGGUGAAAGAACAUCUUACCUUAGAAGAGCUGACCGAGUUGAUACAGCCAACAGUUGACUACCUUUGCAACCUACAGUUUCCGUCGGGUAACAUGCCAUCUUCAACAAGUAACCCAUCAGAUAAAUUGGUGCACUGGUGUCAUGGGGCUCCUGGUUCACUCUUUCUCUUCGCAAAAGCUUAUCAGAUUUUUGGUGAUACAAGUUACCUUGAAUAUGCCAAAAAAUGUGGUGAGUGUAUCUGGGAGCGUGGGCUGUUGAAGAAAGGCUAUGGUUUAUGUCAUGGCUCUGCAGGAAAUGGAUAUGCCAUGCUUUACCUAUAUCAGGUGACGGGGGAUGCUGUUUACCUGUACAGGCUGUGCACAGUUUGGUAACUGGUGUCAGGACUAUGGCACACAUGGAUGUCUCUUCCAGACAGACCUCUGUCUCUGUUUAGGAUUAGCUGGCAACAUUCACUUCUUGGUUGACCUUAUCAACCCAGAUGAAGCCAAAUUCCCAGCAUUUGUGCUGUAGUCAAGUAAAACUAAGAUGUCUGCAAAAAUUAUCUCUACAGUAUUUUAGUGGAAGAGGAUUUAAAUUUGUUAUUGAUUUAUUUUUAUUUUUUAACGUGGAUCCUUAUUAACCAUAUCUGGAUAUAAUAUUCAUGUAACUUUGCUUGAUCCUCUUCACCAAUGGUCAGCUCUAGCUGGUGAAGCAGAUGCCCGCUUUCUUAUUACACUGUUGGCAAGUACUGGGCAUAUACUGGUUUAGAAUGUACCUGAACAUGCACCAGUGUUGGUCAAGUCAGGUCUUAAAUGAGCUCUCUCAAUUUUCUGUACUUAGCUUCUUGAACUUAAGGCUGUGUUAAUAAUUGUAUUCAUUGUUUGAAUAUUGUCACAUUUUAUUCCAUUCUUAUUUAGCUCCAUGUAUUGUGGAAUGCAAAUGUAAGAUGUUAUCAUAUUUAUAUUUUUGUUGUAAAUGGACACUGCAAUUAUUUCAGAUUAUACUGUAUACAGUACCUAUGAGCACUAGUUAUAGCAAAAAAAAUAAUUACUUUAUCAUAUGAAAGCUUUGUUGUUGUAUGUAAAAGCAUAAUUGAUUGCUUCACUUUCAUUUAGAAAUACUGUAUAAAAAAAGGUUGGUACAUAGAAAAGUUUAUAUACAGUACUGUACAGAGUAACUACAGGGGGUCUUCGGAUUACGAACAAGUUCCAUGCCUGAGGACGUUCUUAAGUCAGAACACGUACCUUAUGUGCAUUAUAUCAUAGCCUACGUCCUUUUAUACAUCUUGACUCACUUAAUUUAAAAAGAAAG